UUUAGUUGGGUUUUAGUGGGUUUUUUUGUUUGUUUUCAUAUAUGUGUAAGGAGAGGGCACUUCUUAGAUCUGGUGAAAAAUUAAAUCAGGCUUGUAAACCAAUCAGGAUAGCUUUAACAUUGAAUGUUAUUUCUCAUAAUCGCUGACAUUUGAAGAGUAUUGAUUUUAGAUAGUUCCUUGACUCUUGGUUCUCUGUUGGGCUUUGGUGGCUUUUUGGUUUUUAGCUUUUGGUGGUGGUAUUGGGUGUGUUUUUGUGUUAGUAAUACAGUAACUGGACAGCAUCAGCCCAUCAGUAAUUCCUGCUGUCCUGUGUGCUGAAACAUGAUCUGAAUGACUUGAGGUACCUUGGCCCUAAGGAAGAAUAGCUGUUCCCUGAGGAUUUUUGAAAGCAAUUUGCCGUUCUUAGCUUUUGGGGCUUAUCUGAAAAUGAAUUUAGCUGUGACUGGUUUGUUCCCAGGGACAGCAGAUCCUGAAAUGCUGUGCAGCUGGCACUGUCACUCUUGUCACCUCAGCCACCUGGGCUGUGGAAGUGUCCCCUCCUGUGGCUCGGUGAUUCACAUGAGUAAAACUGGCUGUGAAGGAGGACAACUUUUCAUGUCUGCAAUCCAUGGGAUGGGCACUAGCCAGUCUGGUUUGGAAAUAGUGCUGGUGCUUUCUGGAGGUGAAAUAUGACCUGCAGGAAAUGAUAAAGCAGCCUUGAGAUCUUGGAAUAUACCUAUGGGCUGGCAGGGGAGGUGCUGGAGACCUGUUUAAUGCUUAAUAUGCCUGAGUUUCUGUUUCCUGCAGAAAUCCAGCAGCACAACAGCUCCCUCCCCACCUUCCCCAGUUGUCCUGUGCCCCUGACACUUUUGACAAACAGCCAGAGUGUUUCUCUCAGCAGUCUGGUGUUCAUCCUUUGGCAAGCCCAGUAGAAAUGACACUCAGAAUGCAGUGCUGCUAGGGGCUGAUUCUGAGAGAGGUGCUCUUUAGGGUUUGGUGAGAAAACAGAUAUGGGUGGAUUGUAUUAGCUUCAUCUUGUGCCCAGCAGUAUUUGAAAUUUGCUCUUUAAAGAAGUAAGCUGUAAGCAUAGUGUAGUAACCUUCAAGCUAGCACUAGCCUAGGCCCUGGUUCCCUGUGCCCUGAAUUUUGGCUGCUAUGGAUUUUGUGUAUUAUGGAAAAGAAGACUUAGCUCUGCAAUUCCAGCAUUUUUAGGGCCAGUGAAUCUUCUACCUAGCCUUGAACCAGUCUCCAGUGUACUGAGGCUGCACCUGGAGCACUGUUUGAUGUGAUUUUGUGCACUAACUAUGAGGAUGCUCUCAUAGUCUCUGCAGACUGCUGUUUGAUAAACUCUGCUAAGACAGCCACCACUACCCAAGGUCACUUGUGUAAAUGUUGGGUGUUUCUCUUUCCUCCUUUGUUUUGCAUUUUUAUAUCUAUAUUUUCUGGAUCAAAUUUCUAGUAGCAUUUUUUAAUACAGUCAAACUGAUUAAAGUUACAUUUUUUUUUUGUAGGAAAAAAUGAUUUGCCAGGAAUGAUAAAUCCAUUUUGGUUUCAAUCACUUAUUGAUACCUGGAAGAGUGGGGUAGAACUGGUAUAUUCUGCUGCUUCUGAUUUGGGAAAUAGCAGACAAAUAUAUAUAUAUAGAUUGAGUCCCUAGUUUUUCUCUUUCCUGAUGUUGUUUGCUUCCUUUUUUUUUUUUUUCUCAGAGCUACAAUCUUGUUGGCCCCCAGUUCAGACUUUCUUCUCUCCCAUUGCUCCACCUUACCUAGCAGCUUUUUGCAUUAGCAGUGCAAAGAGCUUUUCCCCCGAUGGUCGGAAUCUGCUGUUCUGCAUUUGGUGUGAUGAGGAACCUGUGCUGGCUCCAGUAGCUUUAAACUGCUGCUGUGAGCACUUCCCUGGCCAUUCCUUAGUGUGGGUUUGUUUUCCCCCUCCUGCUGCUGCAGUGCCUUGCUUAUGGCAGCAGCAGGGCAGUGUCUUUUUGCUGAAGCAUUUACUCUGUUCAGUGUGAGUUUUCCAAGGACACCUUUGUCCCUUGGUGUAGCUGAAGAAGCUGGUUUUAUAGGAAUGGAAGUGUUGCUUGAAUGUUUUUUCUCUGGGGAUCACUGUUCAGCUGCUGUGUUUUCCAUGGCUAUACAGAAGCAGAAAAGAGGAAAUCUAUAUAUUUGCUUUUUUAGUGCUGAUUCCUUGCUCAGCAGAGCUUGGCAGAUUUAUCACAGAUGAGAUGCGGACAAGCAGUGACUUGAAAGAUGAUUGAGCCAGCCGGCCUCACUGUAGGCACUCCCAUGGUUUUAGGGUUGUGCCAGACAAGCCUAGAGACUGGCAUGGACAUGAUUUUGUAGAAAUUUAGUAGAAUUAAUUUUACCUUAGAUUAUCUGCUCUGAAUUUGGAAUUGGGAUUCCAAUUAUGAAAGCUUAUCUGUGGCAACUUAAAAAACUUUUUAAAAGAGUUAGUCAUCUACAUUUAAUUUACUACAUGAAAUUUGACUUCCAUACUAAAUAAAGAGAUGGUGCUUCAAGAUUGUUUUCCUGGCUCAUACAAGAAUUCUUUACAAGUAGUGAAGUGCUUGCAGUUUCUUCUCCUCUCUGUGUUUUGCUGUCCGCUAAAUAUACAUUGGUGGAAACUGCUGUCACUAAAAACACCUUACCUAUUGCACCCAGAGUAUAAUGCUUUUUGAGGUUGCUGCUCCCAUCAAUCUGCUCAGUAAAAGUAGCUCAUCUUGUAAUGGAGGAGAAAGUUCGAGUCGCAGCGCAGAGAAACGGGCAGCUCAUGAAGAAGCUGAAGACUUCGCCACAAAGCCUGCUCCUGCCAAAAUGUCCAAGUUUGGAUUUGCCAUAGGCAGUCAGACAACAAAGAAGGCAUCUGCAAUAUCCAUCAAACUGGGAGCAAAUAAGCCUAAAGAGCCUGUUCCAACCCUGGCUCCAAAAACCCUUUCUGUAGCAGCAGCUUUCAACGAAGAUGAAGAUAGCGAGCCCGAGGAGAUGCCCCCCGAAGCCAAGAUGCGCAUGAAGAACAUCGGAAGGGAUACACCAACCUCAGCAGGACCAAAUUCGUUCAAUAAAGGAAAGCAUGGAUUUUCUGACAACCAGAAGCUAUGGGAACGAAAUAUAAAAUCUCAUCUUGGAAAUGUCCAUGACCAAGAAAAUAACUAAAUGAUGUGGAUUACAAGUUGGGUGUUUUGGGGGGAGGGGAGGGUGUAACAUUAAAGGAACAGUUUCCUUUUUUAAGAAUGGUAUGAGACUAUCUUUGGAGCCACUUUUUUAAGACUUUGAGUGGUACACUAAUAAAUGAGUUUGAAAUUAGAGGUAAUUUAUGUUUUGUAUACAGAUUUCAAGGCAUUUGCUAAUUUUGUAGUUCAUGUGAUUAGUUUCAAAAGGUUACAGAUAAUAAAGAAAUUGGAGUGGUACCUUUUUAAGAUAAUUUUUUUUGUCAGUGAUUAAAUAAGGUGGAUGAAAAAGGUUACUGUCUCUUUAAUCAGGUUAAAAUUGAAUGCUCUUGCAUUCUCACUUCUGGCUCCCUCUUCAUAACAGGAGAAACAGCUGACUCCUAUGAAUUCUGCUAAAGAGAGUGAGCAUUGUCUUGUACUAGGAAGUGUUACUGGACUAUUACUUUGAAUAUAAUCUUACACAGGAAAUAGUAAGAACUUGGAUAUUUUUUUUCUCCCUGCAGUCACCUUUUGUUAAGUCUCUGCAAAUAGGAAUUAUGUUGCUCUGAGUGGCUCUGGUAACUUAGCUCUGAUUUUGUUUAAAACUUCAUGUAGGGUGUGUAACCUUCAGUGGCCUGUUCUGUCCUAAGGAAAUGGGCCUUGUCUGUAUAUUAGAUACAGUCUGUAAAGAAUAUUCAUUACAAAGGUAAAUCAGUAUUUUCAGUGUGCUCCUUUUAAAUCAUUAGCCUUGAGUAGUGCUUGUUAGCAUUUCCUAGUGGUACACAAAAGCCACCACCAAAAAUAUGAGCUAAUGUACAUUAAGCUUCACCUUUGAUUGAAAUAUUUUUCUUUACUAUGCCUAGAAGGAAUAAAAGCCACACCAAAAAUCGGUAACUCACUGCUUAAGUAUGAAAAAUCUAAGAUGCACUUUCCCUGUCUUGCCAUUUAAGACAAAAUGCCUUGAUGCCUAUGACCUCAGUGGACACUAUCAGGUCAAAGAAAGCUGCAUCUGCAAUCCUGAUGUUCUAACAAGUAUCAGCUUCAGAAAUAAAACUUGACCUUUUCCUGCCUGUCUUCCUUUUGCAGUGAUUUUCAGCAGUGACAUGAAUCUGGUCAGUUUAUUUCUUAGCUUCCAUACUGCAGGACAGUGCUGGGGGAUUUCAGUGCUAGCAAUGGCCAUCUAAAUUUCAGUCUAAUUUAGAUUGUGUAUUUAUAAAAACAUUUUAUUAACAGAACUGGUUAAAUAGAACAUUAUGAACAGCAAUAGCACCACCUGCCCCACCAGCAGCACCUCCCAUACCCCAAAUAAGCAUAAAGUUCUUUUUAAACUCCAAUACCUGAUAGUGUCAACACUAAAUUAAUUUCAGCUGGAAAAUGGUUGUAGCAUUCAAUACAUUAGUUGCUUUCAUCCUGCCUCUAAAACUGUCUUCUUGCUAAAGUUGAACUUGCAAGUGCAGAAAGGAAAGUGCAUCUUGAAAUGUAUUUUUUUAUUAUUAUUAUUAUUUUAGGAAAGCUCUGACCACUUAGACUUUUGAGUUUGUAAGUUCUAAAAAUAUUUUUUUGUAUUUUUGUAUUGUAUGUGUAAUCUCUUUUCUUUUGAAGUCUGAUGCAGUUGAAUACCUGUAACUGUUUUCUUUUAAAAGCCUUGUUAUAAACUUAACAUAAAAAUGUAUACAUUAUUUUUCUUCCAUAGCAGAAAUACUUGGUUUAUUUAAAACACACUUUAAAAACUGAUUUUCAGGACUUCCAAAACCAAUUUGGGCAUUACUGGAACUAGGCAAGACAAACUUUUCACUUACUUUCAUCACAUGUGGUUAUGUUUGUCUAAAUAAAUCCCUUUAAGAUAGUGGUAA